CGUAUAUUACGUCCCCCCCCACCCCCAGAAACAAAAGAAUUCAUCAUCCGGCUAAGUAAUCCCUCGCUAUGGGGAUUAAUCCUCUCGCUGCACGGGUGGAGAAUGAAGUCGUGGCUAUGGGUCUUGCAAGAAGGGGGUUAGAUUCCUUCAAACCCGGUUUAGGAGAUAUCAUUCCCUCUGUGUAUGGGUUCUGUGCGAGGCCAGAUCGAGAGGGCGAUUUGCCAUGGGUAGUUAUGGAGGUUAAAUCUGGGGUAGGACUAGAUGAGGUAUUUGGGGAGUUGGAGGUGGAGAUGAAAGAUGAUGUUAUGGGGCAGGUUGCGGAUGUGUUUGCUGGGCUUCGGUGCGCGGUUUCAUUAGGGGGUGUUGGUGGUGGUGUCACGAGGGGAGAGCCGUGGGGGAGGUAUGAGGAUUUGCUUAAGGGGAGGUUGAGACAUGAGUUGGGGGAUGCGGAGAAGAGUGUGGUGAUUCGGGGGUGGAAGGGGAAUGGGGUUAGGGAACGAUUGGAGGGGUUGAUUGAGAGGUUUACGCUUUCUGAAUCUGGAUUGGGAUUGGGAUUGGAGGAAAGAGUGCUGGUUCAUGGGGAUUUCACAAUGAACAACAUCCUCAUCGACCCCACCACCAACAAACUCACCGCGCUACUCGACUUCGAUUUCGCAUGUAUAGCCCACCCCGCACAUGAGUUUCUCGUCUCGCUCCAAGAUCUAGGCGGGAAUAUCAUGGGGCCGUACGGGGAGGAUCCCACGGAGGGCAAGCUAUCCCAAGCGCUCCUGUCUGGGGAUUUCAGUGAAGAUGUCUCUGGUGAUUUAUGGUGGAUUGGAAAGACCCUCAAUGAGAAGCUGAAGGAACGUGGAGUGAGACGGCCGUGUGAUAUGAUGCCGGGAAUGAAGGUGUUGAAGGAGUGGAGGGCGCUGGAGCAACUGAUAUGUCCGUUUCAUUUGGCGGCGCCAUUUAUUGUACAGAAGAUGACGGAGGAGCAGCGAAUGGGGGCGAGAAUGGGCGCGGAGGAGGAGCUGGUGGCUCAGAUGGAGGUUUUAGAUGGGUUGCUUGGGGGGCGUUGUUAGGGUAAUGCUUCCACGGGUGGGUGGAUUGGUUGAUUAGGGAGAGGAUGGGAGUUGGACUACCAUGUCACUCCAAGGAAUUGGAUUUGGG